AUGAGAGAUCACAGCCCCUCUUCACACCAAGACCACAGAGACAUGAGAGACCACAGCACCUCUUCACAUCGAGACCACAGAGACAUGAGAGACCACAGCACCUCUUCACAUCGAGACCACAGAGACAUGAGAGACCACAGCACCUCUUCACAUCGAGACCACAGAGACAUGAGAGACCACAGCACCUCUUCACAUCGAGACCACAGAGACAUGAGAGACCACAGCACCUCUUCACAUCGAGACCACAGAGACAUGAGAGACCACAGCACCUCUUCACAUUGA